AUGACCACCCCGGACAGUGAAAACUACCAAAUCUUCCGCGACUGCGUCUCAAGCGCCAUCGUCGCCAAAUCCUCCCAACCCACUCAAUCCAAGAAAGCUCGACGUCCACGCACUCAACGCCAGAAAACAAGCAGCACCAGCACCACACAGCGGGCAAACCCAGACCCAACACCACAAGAUGACUUUACGCGCACCGACCCCGAAGACCUAGCCGACUUCAUCGAUUUCAUAGCCAACGAAACCUUCCCCUCACUCCCUCCCCACAUCCAAACCCUCCAAUACACCCCCACCAUCGAUAUCACCACCCCCGAAUACACCCCCAAACACCUCUCCGAGCGAACCGCCCACAUCCUCGACCCCUCCAUCCCCGAUACCCUAACCGCCUACGGCCUCAUCGAUACCCCAGGCGACAUCCCCUCCUUCCUGGCCCCAAUACUAAGUGAAUACGUGAAUUCGGUGACGAAACCCCCGCCCGUGUGGGCGAACACGCGGGCCUCGGCGUGCGAGAUCUGUGAACGGGAUUGGAUCCCGUUGUCGUAUCAUCAUCUGAUUCCGAAGAGUGUGCAUGCGAAGGUGCUGAAGAAGGGGUGGCAUGAGGAGUGGAGGUUGGAUAGUGUGGCGUGGUUGUGUCGCGCGUGUCAUAGUUUUGUGCAUCGGAUGGCGAGUAAUGAGGAGUUGGCGAGGGAGUGGUUUACUGUGGAGAGGAUUUGGGAGAGGGAGGAUGUGAGGAAUUGGGCGGCGUGGGUGGGGAGGGUUCGGUGGAAGGCGAGAUAG